AUGUAUAUGCAAAUCUUCAUGUAUACUAUUCUCAUUGCUCACGCUGCUUCUGUGUUGGGAGUUCCAAUACUUGGAGAUCAAGAUAUAGCAGAUACCGAUAAUUGCCCUCAAGCUGCAUUCUUCCUGCGAUAUCUGUUCGCUUGCGGCAUCAAUUUCAGCAUAUGGUGGACGAACGCUAUGAACAUCAUGACGCUUUGUGGUGAUUUCAAUACCAUUCUUAUGGCCUUGGCCAUAUCCGACUUCGUAUGCGACACAAUUAUACUAAUACUUCCUGUCCCCGUAGUCUGGGAACUUCAGAUGCCGACAUCUCAGAAAAUUGCUGUUACUGGUGUCUUUGCCCUUGGGGGUUUUGCCGUUGUGGCAUCAUGUAUACGCAUGAUUUGGGUUGUCUGGCAAGCGAAACGGGUACAUAAAGACAUCAUCGCUGGAUUCAAUGUUGCAAAAGGUCCGCAAUCGUAUCAACUUCGAUUCUAUUACAUCAAUCGUAUCGUUCGCUCGUCGUACCGAGAGCAAAAAGAGCAACAACUCAAGCCUUCAAAGCCUGGAUCGGAGAAAGUACAGCGCAGAAUUACAUACGACGCCUGCGGAUUGAAGUAA